GUAUUUAAGGACGUUGAAGUCCUGWCAACACAUCGAGAUUACCUUCCGCCUAUUACAUUCAAUACAUUCAAUCUUAGAGUUACUUUCUUCAACUAGUGUCAUGUCUACAGUUAGCGUAGUUUUAGUUGCUUGUCUUUUGUUCUUGGUAUUCACAGAAAAAACGCAAAGUCAAAAGGAGUAUUCCGAGCCUCGUACAAGAAUUGACAGCCAAAUCCAUGACGUCGAAACUGAUGCAAUGUUCAAGAAACAAGCUACGUUUUGUAUCUAUAACAAAUGCCGCAGAAGGAAUUCAAAGAGACCCAAGACUCGUUCACAUGGGUGGAACGCCUGAGACAGAUAGCUCUUCAAAAGAGUCCUGCCAAACGAUCGCGAGUGAUAAUGGAAGACGACAACACGGUAGCAGAGCAAGAAAGCCAAGCUAUGGACUAGGAAUGGACGACAAUACUACGUAUUAAAAAAAGUAGACAUCAAGAAAGAUUUCGAAAUAUGAAAACUUCCACAUUAAGAAAUAUUUAUUUUACUUACAACUUCAUUGCGAAUGCUUAAAUUUAUUUAGAUACGAAUUAAUGUAAAACGUUGAAAUAAAUACUCAGAAGUUAUAAAGCGCUUUCAGUCAAAAGCACACUUGAAGCAGGUGAACAGUUCAGGCUUCAAGUUAUAGAUAUUCAUUUUUAUUGAUCUCGAUGAUUGCGUUAAACAACAAUCUCUAUCUAUUGGCACAAGAAAACUUAAAKGAUUGGAGUGUUUGCCGGAAAACACCGCUAUGAAUAAAAAGCAGGUCAAAUGACGCGAUUUAAGGCCAAAAAUACACAGUAAUUCUUUAACUGACUCACUUUGUAAGUUUUCGCUGUCAAAUAACUGAAAAUGCAUUUAAUGUUGAUAAAUAAAUACACCACUAACACUCA